CGCCCGCCCACCCGCACCUGCUCCAUCACUCCAUCGUCCGGUCAGGAAGAAAGCCCCCUGAGGAAGAUGUCCACCGCCGCCGGCGCCCCGGGCCCGGAGCAUGCCGCUGGCCAUGAUGAACAGCUCCAGAAGCUGACACAAAUCAACGCCAACCUGAUCGAGGGCCUGGCGAAGCUGGUAGCUGGUGGUGGCCCGGCGCCCGGGCCACUUCCCGGCACCCAGGCAGCCACCCCUGGCUCGCUCCCCGGCGGCGGCCUCACGCCCAGUGCCUCGACCAUGUCCUUUCACGAUGUGCUUGGGACGGUUCCUCUCUCCGGCAAGGAUGACCCACCGAAGACGCCUGCUCGGAGCUCCCUCUCUUCGUUGAUUAGCACCCCCAGCCGGCUGUUCACCAGUGGCAAGAAGUCCAGCGGCGCCGGGGUCCGCAUUUCCAGUGUCUCGCAGACCGGCACGGUUCUCGGCCCGGUGACCAACUCCGUGCUCUUGGUGACACACCCCUCCGGGACCGAGGCCAUGGGGGGUGCCCCGCCGGCGGCCGCCACCAUGGAACUCCUGCCCAAUGGGCAGGUCCCCCUGUGGGCCGACACCGUCAGCCGCAGCGUGCUCGUGCAUCUGACCACGCGCGAGCGCAAGCGCCAGGAGGCCAUCUUCGAGCUGCAUCGGACCGAGACGAUCUUCGUUCGUACGCUGGCCGAGAUCGAGCAUAUUUACUUCCAUCCCCUGAACAAGGCCGACUUGCCGGUGGCCAAGGAGAGCUUGGCCCUCUUCUCCAACUUCCAUGAGAUCACUUCGGUCCAUGCGGCCUUCACGGUGGCCCUGAAUUCUCGGCGCUUCUCCUCCCCGACCCCGGUCAUCAAGAAGAUCUCGGAUCUGGUGCAGCCAUUUAUCGAGUCGCUCCAGCUGUACCUGCCGUACUGCCUAAACAUCCCAAAGGUGGAGGCCGAGCUGAAUCGCCUCCGCCAGGCCAUCCCCGAGUAUGAGACGAAAAUCCGCGACGCCAUGGCCGCUGUGCGGCCCGCCACCGCGGCCAGCACCGGCGCCCCCGCCACCGGGACCACCCUCAUGUGGAAUCCCCAUGAGAAUUUGAUGCAGCCGAUGAACCGCCUUUUCAAGUAUCCGGCCCUGCUGCGCCAGAUCUGCACCUACACGGCGAUCGAUGGCCCGGGAGGCGAUCUGGAUGAGCACCUGGCCCUGGCCCGGUGCUGCCGGCAGAUCGACGCCCUGCUGCAGCAAAUCAACGAAGCGCAGCGUGCCAGCGAGGCGCGCGAGCGGCUGGCCUUCCUCCAGCGGGCCGUGGACUUUGCCUCGGUGGCGCCGGGGUUCCGCCUGACGGCUGGGCCUGGCGAGGGGGUCCGCUUCGAGAGCCCGAUCACGCACAUGGAAAUCGGCCGCGAUUGCUCCAUUCAAAGCCGCCACGAGCUGACCAUGGUGUGUGUCGGCCGGCACUUGCUGCUGCUUCGGCGCCCGACCGCCGGAGCCGAGCGCCUGACGCCGAUUGAGGCGCCGAUCGACCUCGACGACGUGACCACCUUCAACAUCCCGGACCCCUCGCCUGGCCUGCGCCACCUGUUCGAGCUGCGCAUCGCCCAGCCCAAGCAGCUGAUGGUUGUGCAGGUCCCCUCUGCCGAGGACAAGCAGCAGUGGCUGGGGCUGCUCCGCGAGUCGACUCUCGACGCUCAGGCGGCCUAUGCCAGCCUCCGGCUGCCGGUCGACACGGCCGCCUCGGCCGGGACCCCAACCACGCCAACCGGGGCCGAGGGCGCGCCGGGAGCCGAGGGUGCUGCCCCGGCGCCUGUGCCCCUGCAGCCGCUCGGCGUGUCGCUGGCCUCCAACCGCGACGAGUUGCUGAACUCCCCGGCCGCCGGGCCGGCGGUCUCGUGGCCGAAGUUCUUCCGCCGGUCGACCAGCUCCGGUGCCAUUUCGGUGGCCGCCAGCGGGGGCGGCACCGGCGGCGUCGGCGGCGGGCCCGGCGCCUCGACCACCGGGACCCCUGGCUCCCAGUCCAAUGCCCUGGCCAUCACAAAGGCCGUCAUCUCCACCAUCUCCACCGGGUCGGGCCUGGCCACGCCACUGGCCGGCGGGUCGGGUGCCGGCGGCGCCGGUGGCCCGGGGGUUCCCCUGCCGCCCGGUGUCGGCGUCCGGCGCGAGCGCGUCAGCUCCAACGAGGUGGCCCUGACCGAUGAGCAGAUGGGUCUCUGCCACAAUGAGCGGAACAUCUUCAAGACCGUGGUCAUGGUGCAGCAGCUCCGGGACAGCUCCUGGGAGAAGCUCGGCCGCGGCGACCUGAUGCUGGCCUUCCACCUGGAUUCCGGCAAGACGCGCAUCAUCUACUAUCGCGACGACUUGAAGAAUCUUUCCUGCAUGACUUGGUCCCUGAAUGCGUGGCUCAUGCCGCGCAUGGUGAACGACCGGUAUGGCGAGCGCACGGUCAACAUCGUGCUGAUCACUGCCCCCGGCGAGAUGGGGUCCUUCAGCAUUACCUGCCGCAAUGCCGCCCUGGCCGAUGAAUUCCACCAGCUGAUCGGCCGGCACAUGAACCAGCUCCAUGUCGGGCCGGGCGGCCAGCCCCUUGGCCCGGUUCUGCCCUGUGGUCCGACCGCGGCCAAGGCCGCCGCCGAGAAGCUCGCCGGCAGUGACAUCGCCAGCACCACUCCCACCGCCGCCACCCCUGUCACCACCACCACCACCACCACCACCGCUGCUGCUGCUACCGCUGCUGCUGCUGCUACCGCUGCUGUUGCUACUGUCACGGGCGAGGCUGCAGCCGGUCCCGCGGCCGAGAUCACCACCGACAGUGUGUCCGGGGAUCCUGGCGCCCCCGCCAAGGACAUGGCCGCUGAGGAUGCUGCGUCCAUGGAGGCAGUGACCGCUGAGGCUGUCGCUGCCGAGCCUGCUGCUGUCGAAGCUGCUGCCACCGCUGAGGCGGGUGACACCACCGAGGCCGGGGCGACUGCCAAUGUCACCGAGCCCUCCGGGACCGGUGUGCCGGCCUCGCCUGCUGUCGCUGCCGCUCCCGGUACUCCUGCUGGCACUCCGGCAUCGCCGACCCCCAUGGCCGCGGCUGUGGCGGCUCCGCUUCCGGCGUCGCCGAUCCCCUCGGCCGCCCUGCACACCCCUCUGCCGGCGUCGCCACAGCUGCUGGUGUCGGUGGCCCAGCACCGGCAGCUGGAGGCGGCCGCCAGCGCGGCCGGGCUGCGCUCGCCCCAGACGCCCAACCGCCUGUCGCGCUUCAUCGAGUCGCACGUGCCUUCGUCGCCGACGUUGUCGGGCGCCCCGCCGCCUGUCAUGGCCGAGUACCCGGAGCAGCUCCCCCGGUCGCCGAUCCCCGUUCCCCGGACGGCGGAUGUCCUGUUCGCCGACUCCGAGAGCGACAGCGACGCCAUCCCGGUUCUGCUGCGCGUGUCUUCCGACGAGGAGACGGAAGAGCAUGAGGACGAGGUGGAGGGGCUGGCCCUGGCAUCGACGGCCGAUGCCGGCCACGCCGGCGGGCAGCACGAUGAGGAUGACUUUGACGCGCCCUUCUUCGUGCGGCUGAAUGACGCGACGGACCUGCUGCCGAUGCCCAGCCCGGCGCAGACGGCCGCCCUCCUGGCCGCGGCGGCCUCCUCCCCCACGGCGGCCAUUCCCUCAUCGCCGGUGCAUAUCCUGCUGAGCCAUGCCAUGCGGUCGCCGCCCCCGCCGCCGGCAUCGCCGCUGGCUGCCGGCGCGCGUCUCGGCCUGGCGGCCACGCUGGUGGAGACGCCAGCCGGGCGCAUGGCCCUCGGUGGUGGCAGCGCCGCGGGGCUGGCCGGUGCUCGGCGCCGGCCCGGUACCCCGGCCACGGCUUCGCUGCUGGCCACGGUGACCACGGCCCCGGCCGAGUCGCCGGAGAUCCUCGGCACCGACAGCCUGCGGGCCGUGGAGCUUGACGAUGGCACCGCGGCUCGGGCACAUGCCGGCCCCCAGGAUGAGACUGUGCCGUCCUCCUGCUCGUCCUCCGACGGUGGGCAUUCCAGCGAUGACGACGACGAUGACGAUGACGACAUGUACUUCACGCCGAUGCGGUCGCUGGAUACCCCGGCCGCGCCGGCCACCGUGGUCACGGUCAUCCGUCAGCCGGUUGGCAAUGUCCAGCCGCUGGUGAGCACCCCCCUCCCGGUCUUGGGGACCGGCGAGUCGACGGGCCAGGCCCGUGCGCUGGCCGGGCCGCUCGGGGCCAGCGACGACUGCCUGUCGGCCCUGCCGCAGCCCAUCCGCGGCCCGCUCUUCGAACCGGUGGCCGGGGAUGCUGGGGCCGCCUCGGCGCCGGCCGCCGCCGGCCCUGUGGCCAUCUGCCUGGACACCUUCGAUCCGGACACGUGCGACGAUGUGGUCGCCCUGCGGCAGUAUUCGCAUGCGGUGCGCGCUGCCCUGGAGGCCGAGCGCGCGGCCGUGGCCGACCUCACCCGCCGGCGAACCUACGAGCAGGCGGUCGUCACGCGGCUCAUGCAGCAGUACAACAAUUACCGGGUCCAUGCGGAAGCCGAGCUGAGCCGACUGCGCGAGCAGCGCAGUGUCCUCUUCUCCAGCCUCCCGGUCAAUAGCCCCGGCACGCUGCUGACCGUUCAGACUGGCACCCCGGCCACUGGCGACAUGGUGGCUGAUGAGGUGGGCGCCGCCGCUGCCCCGCCCUCUCCGUCGCCCCUCCCGCCGGCGUCGCCCCUGGCCACCGGCGGUAGUGAGUAGCCAGCUGCUGGGCGAUCUCCUCCUCCUCCUCCUCCUGCACCUGUGCAGGAAUGGGUCCAUCAAAAUAAACAUGCAUUUUCCCA